CUACAGUACACGGGGGAGGUGAGGUGGAAUUUUCGUAUACAUACUCCCCCAGGCCCAUCUUGCUCAGUCUGUUCGCGGUGAUUCUUGUUAAAGAGACAAAGACGGCUUACCUUCGAAAGACAGAGACAAUACCAUAUCAGCUUCCAUAUCAGACACUACGAUACCAUACCAACUAUAAUACCAACUUCCAACUUCCUACCAACGACUACUACUUCUCACCCGCUCGGUACCUCGCCGCUUUCAACCAUCCUCAACUCUCGGCCAUUUUAUCACCCACCGCCAUCUCACCAACUUCACGUCUUAUACCCAAAGCAACGCACCAACCCGUCUGCAACCUCCCACAGACACACCGCUAGACAUCAUUCCACAACCCACAAAAAAACCAAGAAAACCAUCAAGACAUCCAGACCCCUCCGACUCACUCACCGCACCACCAUAGCAACAGCAACGCACCCAUUCGUUUGCAGCCGCCAGACAGCAACGGUAACCCACACAUCUGAGACAAAAAAACACCAACCGGUAAUCGAUCGGACGCGUGCGACCACCUUCCCAGCGCCGCGGGUUGUUAAUCGGGCCAUAUCUGGAUCGCAGUGUCAGUGCUGUCAUCGAUCAGACGGACACCGCACAGUGUGAUAUAAAUCGCCCUGCUCACCCACAUCGCUUGGUUGAAGCAGUCAGAUAGGCGAUUUACGAUAUCCACCCACCACCACCAUCACCACACACAACAAGGAUAGUCGAAAAUGUACUUCCCAUAUCCCCAGUUCUUCACCUCCUCCUCGGCAACAUCAUCAGCAUCCUCCUCAGCCGCCUCCUCACCCACAUCUUCAGCGCCGUCGACGCCCCGCUCACACCCAACAUCCUACCACGCCACCUCCCCCUACCAAUCCAGCACCACAUCCACCUCCCCCAUCUCCAUCUCCUCACCCUGCGCCUACCCAUCCUGGCCCACGCGCCCGUCCCUCCAAUCCUCAUCGCGCCAUGAAAACGCACCCUUCGCACACACAGCCGCGUCGAGUUACCUGUCCGACGACGAUCUGAGUCCGUUGGAUGAGGAGGAGGAGGAGCUGCUUGCGUUGCAAAGAGCGAUGCCGAUGAGGGCGUUGGUGGAUACGAGGGCGAUUAGGGAGGCGUUGGUGGAGGAGGGAGCGAGGAAGAAGGCGAGGAAGGUUAAGGUGGCGGGGAGGAGGGGGAGUGGUGGGAGUGAACGCGGGGAGAGGAGGGUGAAGUUGAGUACGAUUGUUGAGGGGAGUUAUGUUGGGUAGAUGCCGUUUGUCUACCUUGGGGAUGGUUUGGGGUGGUUUACUUCUCUUUGGCUUUGAUGGGAGCGAUCUUUUUUUUUAUUAUACCCUUUUUUUUCGACGAUGGAGGUCGGCAGCAACAGAGGAGGGAGUACUUCACAGUACGCACACAGCAUGGCUUGGGAGGCAUACAUCUUAAUUUUUUUCUUUGUCAUCAUAAUAUUUGCUUUUAUCAGCGAGCGAAGCGGCAUUGGAUGGGGACCUUUGAGUCUACUAGGUUGGGAGGGACGGAAGAAAAGCAUCUUUGGAGGUGGGAGCGAGGGAGGGAGAGACAGCUGGAUACCAAUGAUAUCGCUGUGGAUGUAGGUAGUAUAGCAUAGUUAGGAUAGGAUAGUUAAUAUGAUACCCCGAUA